GAAUUUUAUCUGCACAGAGCGUCCGUGUUCUUGGUCUCCAAACAAGUGAGUCUUCAGCUCUCAUUCGCAUAGUGAACGUGUUGAAGUUUUUUUAGGAAGCACUUGUGAGUCUUCAAGGUUUUCAAAUCGAAUUCCAAAAAUAUAAUUUUCAACAUUUGUUCAUCUAUUUUGUGCGCAAUCGGAUUUCGGUCAAAAAUGAAUGUGUGGCUUUUUUCGCUCCUGUUUGCCUGUUUCUACAUUAGAGGGUUUGAGAGUUUCUGUUAUACCAGUAUGCCCGUCUGGAAAAUGUCAGACUUUGGGACCGGCAUUACUUACUGCAAGCAUAAAGACCUGCUGCUGCGUCCCGGCAGCGUGCUUAAAACAGCGGACUGCAUGCGCUGUACAUGCACAGAGAAUGGAAUGAGUUGUUGUGGCGAAGGACUAAAGGCAGGGACCUUUGGGCUGCCGCCGAAGUGCAAGAUGGUAGAAGACAACUGUAAGGCUUAUGCAGUUCUAAAAGAGAACGAGAGGAUGGAUUGUUUUACCAAGAAACCGGUGGAAUUUGGAAACUAAAUGCAGUUAUAAAACAUAUAAAAACAUAGAAUGAUCAAAACAUUGGGCUUUUAACUAUUUUCCGAUGUUUUUUCUCAAUAUUUGUGAAAAACGUUGCAUUUAGACAGUGAAUUGAAUUAAAUCUUAAAACAAAUUCUUCUGAAGGAGCAAAGUGUAUGACAAAAGUUUUAAUUGUUGUCAGAAUUUAUUUCUUUAUUUUUUGGUAUUUUUCUCAGACCUAUUAGAACUGAGUAUCACAGAACCGCUCUCUCAGGUUGCAAGGCUUGCAUAUUGAUUAUAUCUGUCUAUCUUACAUUAUGAACAUGUGACCACAUGCGUAGGAAAGUAAAAAACACGUUUUUCCAGAACGAAAUUGAAAAUUAAUAAAACAAUGACUUUAA